CACAACCUGAGCACUAAACUUGAGCAUCACUGCGGGUCAACGGAGUUUUAAUAGCCUAAUAAACCUUGAACAAAUUAUGUGGUCUCCGCUGUUUUUUGGAAUAUUUUUCUUCUUCUUGUCGGAGAGCAUCGUGAAUGGAAAGAAUCUGGGAUGUUUCGGUGAAUGUGAACAUGGGUUCAGCAAGAUUCACAACAAGCUACUUCAGUCUUUGCACGCACACAGACACCAGCGUCUCCGGGCCGUCCAUCAUCAGGCGAACUCCUGUGAAGAUUUCGCUCGGGCUUCAUCAGCAGCGCUCAAUGAUCGCUCACUGUCCCCCUGGCGGAUAAGAACAGUGGAAAAUACAGACAUGUACCCCUCAAAAUACGAGGAGGCAGAGUGUCUGUGUAAUGGAUGCAUCAUUAACGGGGUUGAAAAUAGGACCUACAACUCAGUGCCUGUGAAGCAGACUCGCUUAUUCCUGAAGAAGGUUCCUUGCCCGUCUGACCCGAAAAAAUACUCCUUAGAGUAUAAACUUGUGACAGUGACUGUAGCCUGUACCUGUGCAGUUCCUCAGCAGUAA